GCAGAUGUUUGUUUUAUUUGAAGCUGUAUUUUUAGAUGCCCAGGUUCUAGGAUUCUUUCGAACGUGACCAAACGGUAUUCUCGAUGAAUAUUGGUGGACGAAAGCCGCUCGAUGCGGCGUCGGUAGAUCCUGAUUUCCUCGUGUUCGGAUAUCAGUGUAAGAUUUUUCGUGAUGACGAGAAAGCAAUGUCGAUUGACUGUGGAAAACAUCUCAUCCCUUGGAUGGGGGAUGAAGGUCUCAAGAUUGACAGGUAUGAUGUUCGUGCGGCGUUGGCAGAUCUCUCCCAAUACGAAGCACCACGUGGUGGCUAUGAUGCAUUCGAGUUGUUGACUGCCGAAGAAAGGAAAGUUGAAGAACUCUGCGAUGAAGAACGGUACAUGUCUCUUUAUCGAGACCCAGAACAAGAAGCCGCUGAUCAAGAUGAAGAGCUCAAGCGUUUGCGAGCGGCUGUAGGAGAGAGUGUUCACGCCGAAAUUGGAUUUUCUUACGACGAGAAAGCACAGGAACCGGCAGCCGUUUGUCAAGAAGAGGAGGAAGCGGAAGAACCAGACGUGCCUUUCGUAGCUCCUCAUGAUCUCCAUAUUCCCAGACUAGAACUUUCAGCCUGAAAGCAUGAAACAGUAUCAAGUGAUCGAGAAAACAGCCAAGUUUCUCGCCCGACAAGACCCUCAGAUGGAAAUCGUUCUCCGAGCGAGACAGUCGGGAAUCGCUGCAUUCGAGUUCCUCAACUACGGGAAUAUUUUGAACCCAUUCUACAAGUACUUGUUGCGUGUUAUCCGUGCCGGGCGAUUCAUCCCUGGAGAUGAUGUCAGUAAUGACAAAAAAACUGAGGAACCCGAGCUCAGUGACAGUGAUGAUGAUGGAGAGGGUUACCUGCAUCCAAGUCUCUUCUCUCGACCAGCCGUUGUUUCAGCGCCUCCUGUUCCGGGUCCUGCGCCAGUGGUUAUGAAGGAUAAUCCGUAUGCGAGCCUCGUUUCCACGAUAAGAAUGUCUUCGUUGGUUCUGCAACCGACUCCGCCGCCGCCACCACCACCACCGCCGCCGCCGCCCCAGGGGCUAUCAUUGCCGCCGACGUUGCUUGCUCCGCCGCCGCCGCCACCACCAGUUGUCGUGCCGCCACCGGACCUGGAAACGGUCAUCAACAAAACCGCGAUUUAUGUUGCGAAAAACGGGCCUGGGUUCGAGAGUACGAUUUUGUCGAGAGGCGAUCCGAGAUUUUCGUUUCUGAAACCCGGGGAUAUCCAUCACGCGUUUUACGUCGAACGCAAGCGGUUCUACGGCGAAGACGGAACUGGGUCGCCACACGAAGGUGAGCAAGCUUGGACAUGCUUUCUUGGGUUCUGCCUCCAGCAACCUGUGCGUUCAGCAACGGGUCAUCUGCGAAGCUCUAAAAGGGGUUAAAGAGAACGAAAGAGAGAAAGAAAAAGAAGGGGAAGACAAAAAAAAGAGAAAGAGAGAGAAAAUGGGAAAAAUUCAGGGUUGAUGACAGAGCUGACGCCCGAGCGUCGAUUAAUGAUCAGUGACGCACUGCAAGUUUGCUUUCGGCGGUGUUUUCCUGGCUGGCGAGGCUUUGGUAAGUCAGUCACGAGUUUUUCUCUCCUGCAUCUUGCUUCUCAGUUUUCUUUUCUUUUGUCCUAGUUUUUGUUCAUUUCUUUUCCUUUUUUUUUUCUCCUUGACCGGCGAUUAUUUCUUCAACGAUUGAAACUUGGGAAGUGCCAUAAUUUUCUCAUUUGCGCGAACAUGAGAUGACAACGAUGAGACUCGAUUUCUCCGUUUAUCCUAUUGAACAAAAGUUUUGCGAGUGAAUCUAUGACGAACUGUCACUUGAACAAUUAUUUUAGGACAUUAAUCGAGAAGUGCUCGGAAUUUGUAACUGGCGUUGUGCAGUACUGUACGAGAGGUAAGGUAUAACGAAUGUUUUUGGGAUAGAAAUUGAAAUGAAAUGGAAUUUGGAAUAGAAAUUGAUAUCAUUGUGCUGAAGAAAAUUAUUGUUGAAGAAAAUCAAGAGCAUAAGUGAAAAAAAUGCAGCCCUGUUUGACAUCUUUUUUGUAAUUUUUUUGCGAAAGGCAUUUUUAAAGCCUUUUGCUCUUCACCCAUUAGAUGAGGUGCCCAUUUCGCAGAUUUUUUGGUGUAGUCCAGCUUCUCAUUCAGAACCCUGAAAUCGACAUGGAAUUAAUUCCGAAGUUUGCCUCCAGGUCUUUGAAAGUAAUUCCGCCAUUUUCAUCCACCGCUGCCACAUUCUUCUCCCGAAUGGCUGCUUCGAAGGCGGCUUUUGAUGAAAAUGGCAGAAAUAAUAAUCAAUCACUGUAAUGGUGGUAUUCCUUGGAAUUAAUGCCACGUGAAUUUGAAUAAUUCUGAGGGGAAAGCUGGGGUCCACCGAAAAAUCUUCGAGAUGGACGCCUCAUCUUUUGAGUGAAGAACAGAAAGCUGCCGGGGUGAGAUUUGCAAACAUUUGCUGAAGAAUGUGUCGGACAAGCCUGAUUUUUUUUCUUGUGUCGAAGAAUAUUUUUUUUCUUAUUAUUUUUUCCAUGUUUCAAUUUCCAUUCUGAAAACAUUUGUUAGACCCCUUGUAUGCAAAAAUCGAUUUUCAUUUAUUUAAUUUUUGCGAUGAGCGGAAUAUAAACAGUGUGUCUUAUUCGCGUGAAUUCAAAAAAGCAAGUGUUAUAUUUUUUCCUCACAGCAAUUUUUCUUUGCCCGCAAGAGUCGAUAUUGAAAGAAAUGAUGUGUCCUGGCAUUCAUUUGUCGCAAAAGCAUUAUGGAAAAGUCGCACAGUGACUCGAUGAUUUUGAUGGAGUGCGAAGUAAUCGUCGGUUCUUACUAUCACUCGUUGUAGCUGUUUCUUUCUCGCUUCACUCUGUUGACCCUUCUCGUUGUUUCUGGUGCCCUUGUCGCCAGUCGACUUCCUUCGUGAUUCCACUUUUUAAUAUUGUGUUUGUGUCGUGUUUUUCCUCCCCUCUUUGCGUGUUGUCGCGUGUCUGGAAGGUCAAAAAGACAACAUCACACCUGGAGGCACUUUAAGCUUCAGCAUCAAGAAGAAAAUGUCCGACCGAACUAUCGUCGGCUCUGGGUUCAUGGACGACGAUGAGGAAGAUGAGGCCACUCAAAAGCAGGAGACGGAAGAAAAGGAAGAAGGAAAGUCUAGUGACGAUAAGGAAGUAUUUCCUGUGGAAAAGUCUGUUUCUCCGCCUCUUCCGCCUCCUGUAGCAUUCAGUGAGAAUAAGGGGACUGGAAACCGGACGGAAAUCCGGAAACCUGCCGCUCAGGAUGGUGUAACCGAUCUUCUGAGGGAUGAACUUCUCAUGAACGAGUCGAUGAAACCAAAGAUCGAAGCGAAAGAUGAAGUGAAGAAGAUGCAGUUGGACCGGAAGAAAAAGGCUGCGGAAUUUUUGGCGAAGCUCAUGAAAAAACCUGACAGUCUUCCAAUGUCGAAUGUACAUCCUGGUCAGGCUAGGAUUGCUCAAGAGUCUGUUGCUGACAGUGAUUCAUCUUCCUCAUCAAAUGCGAAUCUUAGAAAUCCGGAAACUUUGGCUCAAGUGAAAGAUUUGCCAAUCUUCGAAACGACGACCAUGUCGGAACCUGAAAUCUCUAAAUCUGCGGAUCAGUUUUCGGUGCAGAAUGAAAACCAAGAGAACAAAGAAAACCAGCUUUCUGCGAAACCAGGGGGUAAUUCGCAUGAUGACUUGAAGCAAGAACCAAAAUCGCAAGAUUUGCCCAGUAACUGUGUCAUCGAGGAAGUCAAAGUUCACAGCAGUUCUUCAGAAUCGGGCGAAAUUAGAAAUCCAUCAUCUGAUGAAGAACGUGAUGCUGCUCGUGACUCGAAAUCAAAAAAGAAGAAGAAGAAAAAGACCAAGAAGUCAAAAAAGCGGAAAAAACGUUCUGAACGAGAUGAAGAUGAAGAAGAAGAAGAAGAAGCAUCUCGUCGGGAAAGGAAGAGAUUGAAACAUGACAAAUCUAGCUCAGGUGGCAAAAAGCAGAAGCAUCGAACCCGUCAUCGACACCGAUCAAAAUCUGGCACUUCCGACGAAGACGCGGAUGAAAACUGGGUGCCUUCAGCAGCAGGUCCCUCAUGAAGAAAUUGUUCGCCACUUUUAUCAAAGCCUUUCAUUUUUAUUACGAUUCAAGUUCACUGUGUGUGUGUUGUGGAUAAGAAUUGAUCCAAUCAUGGUUGUACGAAAGAAGAAAACA